UGAAGAUGUUCAUAGUAGUGUGUAGCCUCAUAAUAAAAAAAUCCUACUUCCGAUUUUAAAACCGAAAGUGAGCGAUGAAAUCCAUGAUUAAAUUUUAAAAACUAGAGUUUAAUACAUCAUGGCAGAGGGGAACAACACAACCGAUGAUCCUCCUGUUGUGAGCGAUGAUGUGGUAUUUGAUCCCCAAACACUGGACAUUGCUCGCAUUUUGAGGUCACUGGCUGAUGAGAUUACAGAGGAAAGUAUGCCAUUGCUAAAAGAAAUAAUCACAAAAAUUGCCCACGAGUCAGCCCAUGGUAGAAAUUACAAUGUUUUGGCAGAUUAUAUGAGUCGCUUUGUCAAUGUUCUUGGCUUUAGUGUACGGUUUUCAACUAGUAAGACAAAAGAGAUCUUUAAAAUUCUGCUUGUUAUCUGGCGUCAACCUACUGUCGCCAGGUAUGUGAUGCAGGAAGUUUACAAGGAGGAUAUUGAUGCUGCUGAAAAACCAUUUGACCCAGAUAAGAUCCCAAAUGCUGUGAAACAGUUGGAUGACAAAGCCAUCAAGAUUUUUUUUAAAGCAUUACAAGAUGGAGAGGAGGAAGUUAAGACUAUACGCCUGAUGGUUGUUGGCAUGUUUGGUGUGGGGAAGACUUCACUUGUGAACAAUCUGAUUAAAGACUUCAGAGAUAAAAACAUUAUUCCUUCAAGCACAGAAGGUAUUGAUCUUCACAGGUGCCAAGUGAUGGAAGAUGGGGAUUGGUGUUUGGAUACAAAACACAAGUCACAGAAAUAUAAAAAUAGGAUGGAAAGUGCUUUCAACAAAAUUCCACUGAACACUAAUUCAGCAACUGCUUCUACUGAUGACACUGAUAGAAUAGACGGGUUAUCUGUACAAGAAGAAAUAGAUGCUGAUGUUCAUGACAAUCAAAUAGAAACUGAACCAGAACGAAUGAACAAUAUCAGGAAAUAUACUGAACAACAUGAAAAAGAUGAGUUUGUACAAAACUAUUUACCAUUGGUACAAAAGAAAAACGAUAACAAAGAUGAAUCUUUAAAAGACUCCAACGUUCCUCUAGAAAGAAUAGAAACAGAGAUAACUGUUUCUGUUUGGGAUUUUGCAGGCCAGACAUUGUACUAUUCUACACAUCAGUUCUUUUUGAAUCAAAGGUCGAUUUACUUAGUGCUAAUGGACAUGACAAAAAGUUUGCAUGACAAGGUCGAAGAGUUUGAUGGAAGCGGAAUUUGGUGUGGUUUGGUUAAUGAGUGUAAGUAUUUGGAUCUAUUUAAGUUUUGGCUGAAUGCAAUCCACAUGUAUAGUGGUUAUAAGUCAACAACAGGGGAAAUAAAACACACUGUCAUUUUAGUUGGAACUCGAAAAGACCAAAUGGCGGGGAAUGAUCAAGACAAAGAAAAUACAAAGAAUAAAUAUUUUAAUGACGCACUAUUGUCGUUUGAACGAGAUUCACCAGUUUUAUAUCAUAUUCACGAGAAGAUAUUCCUAGUGAACAAUUUAUCACCAACUGAUUCGGACUUUGCUGAAUUGAGAGAGGAAAUCAAACGUUUGUCUGAGAAUCAAGAUUACUGGGGUAAAGAUAGGUAUCCACUUCGAUGGAUUCAUAUGGAACAGUCUCUUGACAAAAUGAGAGAUGAAGGCCAGCAAUUAGUACACAUGGAUAAUAUUGAAGAAGUAAAUCUUUCCAAAAAACACCCACUUGUUCUUUCGAAAGAUGAACUAUCAGUGUUUCUGGAAUUACAGCACAGGCAAGGCAAUAUCCUUUUUUUCAACACUGAUGAACUUAAACAUUUGGUUGUUCUUGCUCCCCAAUGGAUCAUUGAAGUCUUCAAGUGUUUUGUAACACAUAUCGGUAGAAGAAAACCCAUAUUUCAAAAGGAUUGUGAAUACUAUGAGAAGCAUGCAAUCCUCAAACCACACGUUAUCGAUGAAAUUAUGAACAAUAGCCCCCCUUACAUAAAGGAAUACAAAGACGAUGUCAUUAAGUAUAUGGAACAUCUAAAUGUUAUGGCAAAGCCAAAGGUAUCAGAACUAAACACAUGUGGACACGGUAAAACGGAUGCCAUGUUAGAUACCAAUGUCGAAUUGCAUGAUUUCCACAUUGUUCCUUGCCGACUGAAAAUUGCACCGCCUCCCAUAGACCAAUUCACUUCACCUGACUGCAAACGAUUCAAAAGAACUCCAGUUUUAGGUUUUGUUUUUUGCGAAAAGUUUAUGCCUCCAUCGUUCUUUCAUAGGCUUGUGGCUGUGUGCAUCCGCGCUUGGCCAAUCACAACGGAAAAGAGCGAAUAUCGCUUGUAUAACGGAUUGGCAAUUUUUACCAUUCAACCAACAUACACCUUAACCAUCUGGUAUAAAGACUAUAUAAUUUAUGCAAGGAUAGCUUGUUGUUCAAAUAAGCAUACGUCUGAUAUUGACUUCCAUCUUUGCCAGGAAGUUAGACACAAACUUGUGCAAAGUUUGCAAGAUUUUGUUGGUCAUUCUGUAGAGACACCACGAACUGCUUCAGCAUUUGAUAUGUAUAUUCAAUGUCCAUUCAUGACAAAAUGGGCGCACAAUAAUGGCAUGCUCAGAGUGGCACAGUUUAAUUACCAGAGCGAAGCGGACUGUGAAGCAUGCACACGUCAUUCAGUUGAAAGAUCAGAGGCUUUGAAAUAUUGGUUUAAAAACGAACUGGAUUUAGCUGACAAAUGUGAUGGUCAUGAUUUAAAUAAACUAGCUGAAGAUGAUAAUCUUAAAACAGCUGCUAGGGUUAUUGGUAAAGAAUACUGGAUGCUAGGCGUUGAACUUGGUUUUAGCAAUGCAGAGUUGAACAAGAUGCACGCCGACCCUGCUUGUAAUAACAAUGUCUAUGAAUUUGUUUUCAAGUACUUGGUCAAAUGGAGGAAUACAAAGGCAGAGAAAGCAACGUUGCUAAAUCUUAAUAGGGCUAUCAACGCUGCACGAUUGUAUUAUUAUGCGGAAUCAACGCCGGUCUUCUAGAGAGUACUUAAGUACUUGAUUAUGUCAGAAUUGAGCUUCUUUGAGAAUGAAAUGAUUAUUUUUAAUCAACAAGUCAAUUACGAUUGAAAAAGAUUCAGUCUAAAUUAAAAACAUCAUGUAUGAUUGAUAGGUAUUAACAGCAAUGGAUACAUCAUGGUAUGUUUUCCUUUGAUUCGAGCAAUAAAUAAAUCUUAAAAUUUAUUAACUAAAUCAAUUAAUAAAUGGAAUGAAAUUGCAUGUUAUGCCCCCUUCGAAGAAGGCUGCAUUUAACAGUCACACUGUCAGCGUGUAUGUGUGUCCAGAUGUCUGUUCAAUAACAUAUGUAUAGGCUAUGAUUUAAGAAUAGGUGGACGCAAAUGUAAGACGACUUGUCACGUGUAUCACCUGUCUCCCUACUUCAAAGGUCAGUGCCAUAUUUAGAAUCAAAUCACUUGCCAUAUAGACACAUGUAAUUGCUUUUUGGUGAAAAGUUAUUUAUUGCAAAUAAUAUUGUGCUGGACUCUGAAUGAUGAAUGACAUUGAAAUUUUCACAAUUGUUCUCAUGUAAAAGUAUUUAUGUUCGAUAGUUUGGAAUAACUUGCUAACAAUUUUUUGCUGCGGCUGACUUGCAAUUAGUUGGAGAAAGAGAUUUGCAUAAAGUGUCAUUUUUAGCUCGACUAUUAUAUAUGAAAUACAUGUAGUGGAGCUAUCCUACUCACGUCGGCGUUAGCGUUCCCGUUCCCGUUAGCGUGCACAUGUUAAAGUUUGCGUACUACCCCAAAUAAUUCCUAUGUCCUUUGACAUAUUGCUUUCAUAUUUUGCAUACUUUUUUACCAACAUGAUCCCAAUCUAUAAACAAGAGCAGACAACUGUAUCAAGCAUUUUUACAGAAUAAUGGCUCCUUUUAUACUUAGAUUAUUGAACAUUUUGCUUAAAUUGCCACAACUUCUUUAUUUAUGAUCACAUUUGAUUCAUACUUGGACAAAACAACACUUACCUUACAUACCACAAUGCCCUCCACCCAAACCAUUCCCCAUGCCCCACCCAGAAUCCCCCCAAUUUUUUUCCAUAUUAUUGAAAGAUCAUCUAUUAAAUGACCACACACGCACAUUAUCAACCUCCGCGCAGUGAUUUGACGGGAACCAGCAUAGCUGGAUCAAUGUAUGUGAGAGCAAGGAACGACAACUCUGCAUGGAGAUUGGCACAUUAUACCCCCUCUCCAUGAUGGCUUACGUUAUACUGUCAAGCACUCGAAUAGUCGAGCGAGCUGUCCUCUGACAGCUCUUGUUUAUGUGUUUGUUCGUAAGUCGUAUCGUCUGUAUUAUUUGUAUUCUUUGUACUCACUUGUUUAACAAACCUUUAGUUAACUGCUUUACAUACGAAAGUGUUUGCUUUAAUAUUGUAUUUGAAAUGUGUAAACAUUAUUAUUUAAUAUGUUAUUGGGAUCUACUGUGGUUUUAAUGCUUCCACUAUACUCCUUUAAUUGACGUUUCGGCAUAAUGCCUUUAUCAAAACAUUGGAAAUUAUAUGUUAACUACAUUUUUACGUCUUUUGACUGCACAAUUUAAAUAACAAAGAAAAAUGUUUUUAAACGUCAAAUGACGUUGUACAUGAUGACGUCAUAAAUGGCGUUAUAUAAAAUGGCGCCAAAAAAUGUAAAAAUUCGCCAAAAAUGAAAUGACGUUAAACACUUACAUAUUGUAUCUUAAUCUUAUGUUAAAUGUGUGCUUUAUAUAUUUAAUAAAUUGAUAUUUUACAAUAAAACAAUCAUCAUCAUAUGUAAUUAUAAUCUACCUUAACUUAUUAUCAUAAAUUAAAUAGGGUAAACUUAUUUAAUGACUCUAAUUAUUUCAAUCCAUAUCUAUGUAUAAUAUUCUAAUGAUAUUUGAUUAAAUAAUCAUAUAUACUUGCUAUUCUAUAUAUCAUAUACACAUUAUGGACAAGAUAAAUUGCAUAAAGUACUAUUAUUUUUACAUUCAUUUAUGUUGAUGAUUAAUGUAAAAUGUUUUUCACAUAUAUUUUUUACAAGAUAGUUUCCCGUAGCAGGACAUCAAGUUGAUUUUUUGUAUUUAGUCCAUUUGGUGAUUGCGUUUGAAACUUCUUUAUAAAUUCCAAUUCUUUAAUAAGUCUGUAAUAAUGGGAACUGUCUCUUAUUUGUGUUAACACUGAUACACCCAUAUCCUGCACUCUGUGGCCAGCACCAUUGAAAUGUUCUGAGAUUGGUUUCCCUCUUCGUAGUCGCACGUCAGCCUCGUGUUCUUUGGCACGUUCCUUUAAUGAUCUGCUUGUCUCUCCGACGUAUACCAUCUUUUGGCAUUUAAUACAAAACAUACCGUACACCAAGUUAUAAAUGUUACAGUUCUGUUUUAUUGCUUCGUUUGGAAUGUCACUUUUUGGGUUGUUAUGAAAACCUCUUUUCAACAUUUUACAGACUAUACAAUUAGUCUUACACGAUUGUGGUAUUAGUUGAAAACGUUUGUUUAUUUCUUUGUUUGUUUUUCCAUGAACUAAAAUGUCACCGAUAUUCCUAUCUCGUAUGUAUGCAACUAUUGGUACGUCUGGGAAUAUAUUUUUCAUUCUGUCUGAUUUAUAUAGUUUGUCUGUAUGUUUUCGAAUUAUUGAGUGGAUAUUUGGAAGGUUGUUAGAAUAAGUUAUAGCUAGUGGUACUCUCUUGUUGGCUGUUUUAUUUGUUUCCUUCUUCUUAAGUAAGUCUUUCCUAUUUAAAUUAUCAACUCGGGAUAGCUCAUGGUUUACAAAUUUAUUUGGAUAUCCUCGGUGACAUUUUAGUUCAUGGAAAAACAAACAAAGAAAUAAACAAACGUUUUCAACUAAUACCACAAUCUGGUUUCUGCAUUCAUAAUUAUUCAGGUAUCGCGUUUUGUUAGUUGUUGGCUUUCAGGAGCAACACUUUUUUGUUAACAGGUGGCAACAACUUUCGGUUUUGGCUUUCGAGAACUCGAGAACAAAUAAGAUGCAUCUAUUUUUAACGAAACUUCAAACAUUGAAGUCAUAUAUCGAGACCAGGUUAUGAAUUGCAUAGUAUGGAUUGGGGUCAACGUUUAAAGAAAACAAUCAGACAAAUUACUCAAGAAAUAGUACUACCCUAUAUGACCCUAUGACACCUUAUUUGGGUAUUUAACUGGAAUUAUAUGUAAGGUGGAUAGGGUUGAAGUCCGUUGCCUAUUUUUUUUUAAAUUUCUGCCCAAAAACUAGAUAAAAACAAAUAUGCAUUUUAUCUCGUCAUUGGUAAUUCAUAUAAUUUGGGUUGGGUCAAAUAACCGGAACUAGAUUCAGAAAAAAAUGACAAAACAAAAACUUAUUAAUGAAAUUAUUAGCAUAAGAUUGCUCCUGGGUUAAUUAAGUCUCGUUAAUUUGAUCUCCACUUAGUGGGUGGAAACAAAAAGUUGACCUAGCUGACUGAAACAAUCUGACAAUUUUCUUCCACCUUCAGCAUCACCUGCUUUCAUCCAGGACACGUUGCCUACCCUCAGUCCUGUUGAAAUAUAUGACUUUGUGUUAUGAAGGCAAUCUUCUUUAGCAAGUUAACUUUAAGUGUAUUGCUAGUGUUGCGUCAUUUUGGAAUGUGAAGCCAACUGGACAACCGAGAGGCUAGACAAGUAUGUUACAUGUACAUGAAGGUCUUCUGGUAUAAUGAUUGUUUAUUGUCUUCUAGAUUUUGUUGCUUAAUUUUGGCAUGAUCAAUUGUUUGUUUAUAUUUUUUUGACACGAUUACCUGUGCAUGUAAUAAUAUACUAUUUUAUGAUUCACAUUGAAACCAAUGUAGCGUUGUUGUUAGUGUUUAUGUUCACUGUGAAAAUGUACCCUUCUAUUAUAGUUAUAUCUCUGUGACAUAAGCACCUUUGUACCAUUAAUUUGUGUUUAAUGUUAGAGAUUGUUAUUUGUAAAGUACAUUUAAAUCCACUGAUAUACCCAUGCUUAAAAUGUUGUUUGUUUAAGUUAUGAUUAUGUUAAUAAUUUAAGUCCAAUAACAUUCUUGUAUAAAAUAUGAAUUUAAACAUUAAUAAUUGGAAUUUUAACAUCUAUAUUUAAAUUCUAAUUGUAUACAAGAAUGUAAAUUGAACUACACAUAUGUUGUUAAAUUUUGCCUGACCUGAGUAUGUUGUACUCAAUGUUCAUCUUGACAAAAUCUAGACCAACUAUGGCUCUUUUGAAUCUUGGCCAGGUGGGGCAAAACACUAGGUCAACAGGUCAAAUCUCUGAUAAUAAGUUCCUGUUCUAGAAGUCACAUUUAUGAUUCAAAUUUGACGAGAAUUAUAUCGAGCUCAAGUACGAUUCGUGGUGAAGUGUGGUACAAAAACAUCACGUGAAAUAUGAAUAAAAACGUGUUUCUUCUCCAGAAAACACAUAAAUGAUUUAUUUGUUAUGGAAUUUUAUCGGGGUAUAAAGCCAAUAUCUGGGUCUGGUGAGGUCAAUAAGAAGGUCACAUGGUCUAAUCUAUUAAACAAUAUUUUAACUACUCUAGUUAAAAAAUGUAGUUAUUGGUUGAUGUAAUUAGCAUUUGGUAAUAAGCAAAGCAAGGCUUCUUAAAUUAGCGACAUCAGACCGUCAUGGUUUUAUUGUAAUAAUUGACACGUAACACAUCUUGGAAUUUAAGCAAUUUCUCAUAUUGAAUAAGCAGGUAAACGUCAUUUAUAUAAAGGCUCUUCAAGUUUUAUUUGUGUUUUGUACAAUGAAAUAAAUGUCCAAAUGCGU